UGCAGGUGGCGGUAGACUGCAACAAACGCGCUGAACGACUCUGCAGAAGAAGCAGGCAGAGAGACGGUCAUGGUGGCCUCCUGAACACAUCGAGGAAUGUUUGCCCUUUCUCUUAGUCGCCUGUUAUUACAGGCUCUUCCCAAGAAACCGGUCACACCUAGGGCUACAGCACAAUGCAUCAGAAGUCUGACAACAUCUCAGGAAGAAUCUCUAAAGAAAGAUGAUAUGCCUACAAAAAUGGAAAACCCGUUCAAGUCGCCUCCGAAAACUUGCAUCCUGUGCAAUAUAACUGUAGACUUCAAAAACGUCCAGCUGUUGUCCCAGUUUAUUUCCCCACACACAGGCAGAAUAUACGGCAGACACAUAACAGGCUUGUGUGGUCGGAAGCAGAAAGAGGUAUCGAAGGCAAUAAAGAAAGCUCGUUCAAUGGGUUUCAUGUCAGUCACUCUGAAGGAUCCACAGUUUAUUAAAGACCCUGAUAUUUGUGGUAUCAAACAUUUUGAAUAGGUUCUGUAUAAAGACAGACAAUGCAUACCACCCUUUUGUUUCUGUAAAUCUGUGACUUGUGUAAAAUAUCUAAAAUGGUGAAAAAUAAACAAUGGGACAUAAUUACAAUAACCAGAUUUAAAUAAAAACACCAAAUGUGUGAA